CGUCAUUUUCAGCUGACAGUAAGCAUGCACAGGAAGAAAACAUCGGGCUGCAGUUCAUCCAGCUGAAGCGGCUCUUUACCCCAGAAAGGAAGGAGCUGGUGGAUGUGUCCUGUCCAGGGAAGCAUGGCCUCGAGCUUUGCCCCACCGAAGCUCGCUGACUUCAUUCUGACUGAGAAACUUGGGAGUGGCACCUAUGCUACCGUCUACAAAGCCUACAGGAAGACUGACAGCAGAGAGGCGGUGGCCGUGAAGGUGGUCAGUAAGAAGAGUCUGAACAAAGCUUCUAUGGAGAACCUUCUGACGGAGAUAGAGAUCCUGAAGACAGUGCGCCACCCACAUAUUGUGCAGCUUAAAGACUUCCAGUGGGACAGUGAGAAUAUCUACCUCAUUCUGGAGUGGUGCUCGGGGGGAGAUCUGUCCCGCUUUAUCCGGAGCCGCCGGAUCCUGCCUGAGAGAGUGGCUAGACGUUUUCUACAGCAGAUAGCCUGCUCUCUGAAGUUUCUCCAUGAGAGGAACAUCUCCCAUCUGGACCUCAAACCCCAGAACAUUCUACUUAGUGGCAGCGUGCUGAAAUUAGCAGAUUUCGGCUUUGCUCAGUACAUGUCUCCGUGGGAUGAGCAGAGUGCUCUGAGGGGCUCUCCUCUCUACAUGGCUCCAGAGAUGGUGUGCAGGCGACAGUAUGACGCCAGAGUGGACCUCUGGUCUGUAGGGGUCAUCCUAUAUGAGACGUUAUUUGGCCGAGCGCCAUUUGCAUCCCGCUCCUUUGCUGAACUUGAAGAGAAAAUCCGUAGUGAUAAACCUAUAGAGCUGCCAGCCGGUGCCAGAGUGUCCAGAGACUGCCGGGAUUUGUUGCUCAGGCUGCUGGACAGAGACCCAGACUCUCGCAUUUCUUUUGAGGAGUUCUUUCUGCAUCCGUUUGUUGACCUGGAGCACAUGCCCAGCGCCGAGAGCCUGGGCAAGGCAAAGGAGCUGGUUCUGCGGGCCGUGCAGAAGGAUCAGGAGGGUGAACGAGCAGCUGCUCUGUCUCUGUACUGCAGCGCUCUGGAGCACUUUGUACCUGCCAUCCACUAUGAGACAGACAGACAGAGAAAAGAGGUCCUGAGACAAAAGGUCAACCAGUACGUGUCUCGAGCUGAAGAACUCAAAGCUCUGGUGGCUUCAGACAACAGAAUCAGCUUUGAGAGAGCAAAGUCAUCCAGGGAUAUAUUAAGGGAAAUGUCUAAGGAUCAUCCGCGAUUACUUACCGCACUGGAUUUAGCCGCCGCUGCUGUAGCCAAGGAGGAUUGUGGGUUGGAGGAUUACGAAACGCUGGAUCUGUAUCAGCAGAGUCUGGGAGAGCUGCUUCUGGCCUUGGCUGCCGAGUCUCAGGGCCGCAGGAGGGAGCUGCUCCACGGCGAGAUUAAGAGUUUGAUGAGUCGAGCAGAAUACCUAAAGGAAAAGAUUAAGAUUCGGGAAACCCAGAGAGAUGUGGAUAAAGACCCUGUAUCGGAAUCUGUACGGACAUCAUGUUGUCUACAGUAACUACAACUGCAUCUCAUUAUGGAUUCAACUGGGAAAAUCACAUUAGCCUACUGGAGGCUGACCCUCUGACUUGGAAUCCAAAGGAAUCUGAUUGGGUUUUCGGGGUGAAUUUAUCUGCCCUCAACCAGUCACAUGUUCACACAAGUUCAGACGGCUGCUGCUUCUUUUUAGCAUGUAGCAUUAGGGCUAGUCAAUUUGCUGGAUAAAUGAAUACUGUACAACACCAAUGUUACAUUGACUGAUGUUUUUACUCGUACUGUAUAUCCUCACAUCUAUGCUUUUCGUUUUUGGUCACGUGACUGUCUUAAGAGAUUUUGCUAAGGUUUAGAGAUUUCAGAAUAAUUGGUACUGUAAACAAAAAAGUGAGGAAACUCGUGAAUCAUUAGGUGUCCUUUUUAUUUUGUUUAAGCUGUGCUUUUUCUGCCACUUCAGGCGAAUUUUUUACUCUGCAGUGAACACACACACACACACACACACACACACACAGCGGCCCUCACCGCAGCUCGUCCGCAGAAUAAGUGGGGCUUUGGGUCCAUGUGGCUUUCCUCCCUGUUUGCUCUGCUCUUGCAUUUACUUUUGGGCUGCCACACAUCAAGCUCCGAGACUUUUUCUUCUGCUCGCCUCGCGCGCCACUGGUUAACAGUUUAGAUUGGUGGCGCGGCAGUAAAAACACUGUGAAGCUUCGGCCAGUUCUGUCUCCUAACUGUACAAAACUGACUGGCAAAAAAUAAGAAGUUAGGCACUUAGUGUGGAUGGUACAAUUAUAGUACAUUCAAUGUACAAAAGUCUGUUUUUGGAAAUGCUAUUUGCUGUAUGCUGGAGUGUAAACACUGAUUCCUGUUUGUUUGUUUGUUUGUUGGUUUAUAUUGUCUAAGCAUUUUUUUUCUAUGUUAAUAUUUUUGUUUGAAUUAUUUAUGGAUUUUCUUGCCUAAAAAUGAACUUGAUUAAAAUGUAAUUACAA